AUGGCAAAUAACACCCGAACGCCCGAAGGCUAUGCCCCUUUCGAUUUGUACCCUUACAACCCAUCUCAAGGCCCAGCAUAUGCCUUCUUAGGCCUUUUCGGAGCGGCGGGCAUUGCUCACUUCAUCAUGAUGUUUCCCUAUCGAUCAGCCUUCCCGAUCCCCAUGAUAAUCGGGUGCGGCAUGGAGGCCACCGCGUAUUGGUUCCGCUCACGAUCUCACAACAACUUGCGACAGACGCUGCCAUUUCUAAUUCAAAACCUACUCGUCCUUGUAGCCCCGCCAUUCCUCGCUGCCACGAUCUACAUGUCCCUCGGCCGGAUUACGAGAGCUCUCAAAGCACAAGAAGUUUCGCUGAUAAGUCUACGAUGGAUCACCAAGUUGUUCGUUCUGGUUGAUCUGAUCUGCUUUGUUACGCAGACUGCCGGUGCCAUUAUGUCAGGCAGUGAAGAUGUGGACGAGGCAAAGCGAGGCCAAACUAUCAUCAUCGGCGGAUUAGUUCUCCAGAUCCUUGCAUUUGCCCUAUUCAUAAUCUGCACUCUCACUUUGCAGCUCAGAAUUCGAGCGAGUCCCCCAGUGCACUGUGUUGCUGGUGUUAUUGCGCACUAUCGUCGAUAUUUCAUUGCACUCUACUGCACCAGCGGCUUGUUCUUGGUCCGUAAUGUGGUCAGAAUUAUUGAGUAUAGACAAGGUGACGAUGGUCCGCUGUUAUCGAAUGAAGCAUUUCUUUAUGUUUUCGAUUGUUGCUUUAUGUUGGCAAUUAUAUUAAUUGUCCUCAUACUGCAUCCAGGGCAGUUAAUUCUAAAAGCUCGGCGGUUAGAUGUAUUGAAGGAGGAUUUACCAUUAGUAUCAAGGUCAUGA